AUGGCAAUGUCGAAGCAGCAGCUUGCUGGUAAACUAGCGAAGAAAACUUUAUCAUUAGAUGAUAAGAUCAAGUUUUUGGAUUUCGCCAAAAAAAAUCCAGAACUUGGAUGUAGAAAACUAGCAGACAUUUACAAGAUUGGAAAGACAGCCGCAGCAAAUAUUUUAAGAGACGAAAAGAAAAUUCGUGAACAACAUGAAAUUUUUCGUGAGAAAACAAAAAAACGUAACCGCCAUGGCAAGUAUCACAAGAUAAAUGAGAUCUUAUUCGAAUGGUACAAAAGAUGUUGCGCUUCUAACAUCUACCCUAAUGGUGUAAUGCUUAAAGAGGAGGCGUUGGAAAUUAAGGAAAAACUUCAGAACAGCGAUUUUGAUAAUUUCUCCGCCUCUGACGGUUGGUUGGAUCGUUGGAAAACAACAUAUUCCGUCAAAGAACGUCGUAUUGUUGGUGAAGCUGGUGACGUUUCUACAGAAACGGUUACUUCCUGGAUGGAGAGGAUCAAAGAAUUGGUUGAAGGUUAUUCACUAGAAAAUAUUUGGAACAUGGACGAGUCUGGCUGUUUUUUUAAAGCUCUACCGGCCAAAGGGUUAGUGGAAAAAGGAAAACAAGCAAAAGGAAGCACAAGGAAAAAGUCAAAGCUUAGAUUAACUGUCGCUUUUUUUGUAAAUGCAGCUGGGGAAAAGAUCGACCAGCCUGUUGUUAUCUGGAAGAGUAAAGUCCCGCGUUGUUUUAAAAAAUUGAAAGAUCCAUCGCGUCCAGCUAACGUUCACUACUUUUCAAAUCCUAAAUCUUGGAUGACAUCUCAAGUAAUGGAAACUGUACUGGCACGUUUUAACAGAAAACUUUUAUUUGAGGACAGAAAAGUUAUUCUUUUUCUGGACAACGCCACCUGUCAUCCGGAGUCAAUGAUAGGCCAGUUUUCACAAAUCAAAAUCAUUUUCUUACCGAAGAACACAACUUCAAGGCUUCAACCACUCGAUGCAGGGAUCAUCCAAAACUUCAAGGUGAAGUACAGAAAAAGACUGGUCAAAUACGUGCUUGCAAGGAUCCAGGAGAAUAAAUCUGCAACUGAAAUUAUCAAGAGCGUAGACAUACUUAUGGCUAUUCAAUGGGUUCAAGAUGCGUGGAAAGAAGUAACCAACUUGACCAUCAAAAAUUGUUUCGAGAAAUGUGGCGUAGUUUAA